AUUUGUUUUAGGGUUACUUCCUCAAACUUUCUCCUUUUGAAGAUAAAUCGUUUCUCCGGAGAAGAGCUCGCUGAUUUCGAAUCUUCUCGCUCUUCAUUUCAAAUCUGUCUACGCUCUCUGGUGAGCAAUUAUUAAUUAGGGAAUUUAAGAGGAAUUGGGCUUUUUUUAAGCUCUCUCGAGAGAUAAAUUGGUUUCUUCACUCUGGCCGCUACUGCAAAGACGUGUGCUUCUCGCACCUCUGCACAGGUGUGGGGUGGCCUUCAAGUGCUGACUUCACUCUCUCUCCCCACCAUUUCUCUCGCUUCUAUCAUUUGGAGGCUCCGUCGUGUCUCCCAGGGUCUCACCCUUGAUUACGGCUAACGUUUGUUUACUUGCAAAGAGCAUAACUUGAUCUUGUUGUUGAGAUAGAACACUUUUUUAGUUUUUUUAUUAGUUUUGCUCUGUUGUUUUAGUGGGUUAUGUUGUCUGUGUUAUUGGGUUUGGUACAAUGGUAAGGUUUUUCUGCUUCAACUCUCGCAUCCCUCGCCCUAGACCUAAGGAAUCCGUGGAAGGGUUUUCAGAACGAGUUAUCAGGGAAGAUGGGUCUACAUCAAAAGGAUCGAGCUUAGCCGUAGCUGGCUCUACCGCUGCUUCUAUUGAGCGUGUAUGGAAAUCUGGGGAGAUUAAACCACUUGAGCAAGAAACUGGGAAGCAUCAUGUAUUUCAUCUCAAGAAGAGUCAGUCUCAUGGAGAUGAACUUUACUUGGAUGGGAGAGAUGCUACGGAGAAUGGAACAGAUGAUGGCACAGAUCGGAUUGCUUCUCCGAAUUCUCUUGAACAGAAUGAUACUUUUGUGGCUGGAAGUAGCAGCAAGCGUUUAGAAAGAAGUCCUGCUGUGUAUCAGAAAGAUCCUGGAGCUUCGGUUUCUGCUUACCAGGGUUCUGAUCAAGCACUCUAUGAGUCUAUUUUCUCGGUUGGAGAUGUUCAUAAUACUGAUCAAGGCAGCCGUCAGCUCGAUGAUAUCUCUUUAGAUGGUGAACUGAUGGAGAACUCAAACAGCCAGACUCCUUGUGGUUCACCGUUGCUUGUGAGGUCGAACUCAAUGCCUAAUAUUGCAGAAUCUGCUUCAGGGAAAUCUUCACCUCUCAAAUACUCUUCUCGCCACUCUAGAUCCUCAGAUGACCUUCGUGUUCUUGGCAGACGCCAAAGAGAUAAAUCUGUCCAGGAGACUGAUGCAGAGGCGAAACAAGAUCAAGACUAUGGUAUGCAUAAAUCUGGAGGUAACAACAAGGAAAAUCUUGAGGAGGACGGAUAUGAUGAUGCAUAUGGUGCAAAAGAUUGGAUAGUGCCACCUACAGAUGAGGUCAAUUCAACAAAGUUUGUUGAAGGAGAAACAUCAAACCAGCAUGCAGAGUUUCAAGGAAAGGAUUUUAAAAUCAAGCGUAUCGAGGAUUGGGUCAGUGACCUUCAGCAUGUAAAUUCGACAGGGGAAGCUGAUGAAAUAACAGAGUACGAUGAUGAGUUGCAAAGAGAACCGGUCGUGUCAAACGAGGCAACAACAGCUUCUCCUAAUGUUGAUAUCAUGAAGUCAAGUCCUGGAAUGGGAUUUGCAAAAAAGUAUUUUUCUUCUCUGAGUAGUGCUUCAACCACAGCCCAGCUGGUUAGUCGUGGUCUUGUUGCGAUACCAAACAUAACUGCAUUUGUUGGUCUGAGAGUUCUCAAUCUCUCAGGAAAUGCAAUAGUUAAGAUAACCUCUGGUGUUCUUCCUCGAGGACUACAUGCAUUGAACUUGUCAAAGAACGGUAUCUCGGUGAUCGAGGGCCUACGUGAACUCACUCGACUUCGAGUGUUAGACCUGCGUUACAACAAAAUACUGAGACUUGGACAUGGUUUGGCUUCUUGCUGCUCACUGAAAGAACUAUACCUAGCUGGGAAUAAGAUCAGUGAAAUCGAGGGUCUUCAUCGUCUCCUGAAGCUGACGGUCUUGGAUUUACGCUUCAAUAAGUUUUCAACCACCAAAUCUCUAGGCCUGCUCGCUGCAAAUUACAGUUCUCUCCAGGCUAUAAGCUUGGAAGGCAACCCUGCGCAGAAGAACGUUGGCGAUGAACAACUGAGAAAGUACCUUUUGGGACUUCUCCCACAUUUGGUGUACUAUAACAGACAAGGCGCGAAAGAUGCUAGGCUUGGGACAAGCACGCUUCAGCUGGAACGAGGUCUCAGAUCAGAGCUGAAAAACAACAGCCGGAAGAGUAGCCAUGGUGCAUCGAGCACCCACAAACCCGGUUCAUCCACAACUCGUAAAGCUUCUUCAAGUGUGCAGAAAAGAUCAUCAAAGGAGAGAAGCAGCAGCCGUCUUCCCCCUGUGGGACACAAAGUAUCACCAGCUGCUUACGAGAAUUACUACGUUGCAAAUGGUGAUAGAUUGGCUACUUUGAGAUCAGAGCUCUCUAUGCGUAGAAGUCGAAGCGAAGGGAAUCUUGGACCUAUCUGAGAUUUCCUUUGAGAGGUAAGGAUGAAGAAGAUGAUUUCUUUCUUCACUAUAAGAGUUCCCUUUCUUCAUGUUUCUUCCUUAUGUUUUGUUGUUGUGCAUUAAAAGUUACAUCAGAGAAGCUUUGUUUCUUUCUUCCAGCUUCUCAAUAAUGUUUGAAAUUGGAAACCAUGUUAUACAUUCUUUUCAGCACAGUCUAUUGCAAAGAGACUUUAAAUCUCUU